AUGGCGGAGUCUGCCAUCAGCAUGCUGUUGCAGGAGACAUGCCAACUGUCAAGCAGUGAAGUGGCGUUUCUUCGCGAAGGCUUCGACGCCAGUGGUGCGAGUGCUGACAGGCUGCAGACGGUGCCGCUGGUGCCCUUUGUCCAGUGGCUCUUUCAAGCGCUUCCUCCUCUGCCUGUGCCCGGUCCUCCCAGGGCUCCUGAGCAGUCGGGGGUCCCGCUGCAUGAGUUCAAGCGCCUUGUUGUGGAAAACAAGCCGUGGCUGUCCACUGCACGCUGGAAUCCUCAUACUGGACGGAUGGAGCGGCCCAACAUGUAUGACGUGGUUGCUGAAAUUAUCAAGCCCAGAACCAGGGCAAAACUCGUGGCUUAUGCCGAGCUUUUGGAGCCUCUGGCGCCGCAGGUCUUUGUGAGUCACUGGUGGGGAGAGGAGUUCGUCAGUUUCGUUCAAGCCCUGCGUCUCUUUGCGAAGGUCUUUACCAUUCAAGCCCAUCCGCUUGCUCUCUGCGAAGUUACUCCCGAGGAACAUGUUGCCUUCUGGGUUUGCUCUUUUGCCAAUCGACAGUGGGAGGUCAACUUGGGAAACACCUUGCAAGAAAGCCCUUUUGAGAGGGCGCUGGCAGCCCCAACAUGCACGCAUGUGGUCAUGAUCAUGGAUCCAGAUGCUACCCCACUGCAGCGCAUAUGGUGCCUCUACGAGGUGCUUCGCACGCACGCGCUCAAGAAGACCUUCCACAUUGCGACGGAGAACGGAGUCCUAACCUUUGGCAGUGACGAGCCGAAAGGGGAGCAAAGGAAUGAUCUCCUGAGACUGACGAAGAGAGUCCUGGAGAUCGAUGCUUCCACAGCACAGGCAAGCCAGGAGCAGGACCGGCGCAUGAUCAUGCAAGAAAUUGACCAGGCAGUUGGCCUGGAGCAGUUUGGAAUGCACGUGACGUCGCUGCUGAUGCGGGCCUUCAGGACACGGGGCGGAGAGCAGCUUGCCAUGGAUGCUCCAGAGCUGAAACACCAGAUCUUUCGAUUGCAUCAGCUGGGCACGAUGCUCGUCACCUUCGAGGGCCGGACUAUGCUACACAGUGCGGCUCAAAGGAAGGGGCCAGAUGAGGUUCGGCUGGCUUUGGCGGCUGCAGAUCCUGAGGAGUUGAAGAGCUGCAAUUCCCUUGGCCAGACGCCUCUUCAUGUGGCUGCCGCCUACAACCAGCAUAUGGAUGUUUUGGACUUGCUUCUCAGCGCUAAGAUGGACGCCAAUGAGCGCGACAAGAACUUUCUCACGCCAUGGAUGCUCUCGGCUGUUACAGGUCACCAUGAGGCCCUCGCCCACUUGCUUGCAAGGGGUGGGAGCCUUGACCAUGACGUGGACCUCUUGGAGCGGGAGCGCAUACCAUGGACUACGCGACCGAUACCAAACGCACUUGAGCUGUCGGCAUUCAGCGGCAGUGUAGAAUGCUGCCGCAUCUUGCUCGACCAACCUGGGCAGAAGGUGCACUUGGUCAUGCUGACUUCAGCAAGCAUCUUUGGACAUCGCGAGGUCUUGGAGGCAUUGCUCCCCCACGUCGAAGACCGUAAUUGCAGCGCCAGUGGCCCCUUUCCAUCCCCUCUUCUUUCGGCAAGCUUCUGCGGACACCUGGAUUGUGUGGAGCUUCUGCUGAAGCAUAAAGCUUUGCCAAAUGUCACUGCUGAUGGUGGGAAAACACCCUUCUUCUGCUCCAUGUCUACAGGCUACGAAAGCGUUGGCCGCUUGCUUCUGUCCUAUCGGGCAGAUCCCUGGAUCACGACAGACGCAGAGGAACACCCUCUGAGUGUAGCCAGCGGCGGAGGGCAUGAUGGUUGCGUGCGAAUGCUCUUGUCUUUGCGAGCUGACUUGCAUGGAAAGCAUGGCGAAAGCAAAUCCACUGCUCUUCAUGUUGCAGCGGAGUGGGGCCGUGAGCCGACUGUGAGACUCCUUGUGGAAAACCGGGCAGAUGUGAACGGCAAGGACAUGAACGAAAAAACUCCCCUACACAGAGCCGCUGAGUAUGGCUACGUAGAGAUCAUUGCAGCUUUGAUGGGCCUGCGAGCAGACCCGGGACAUGCCGACUGUGAUGGUAGGACGCCGCUUGAUGUGGCCAAGCACGAAGGGAUGGAAGAGGCAGCAGAGUUCCUGCGCAUUUUGCAGCAGCAAGUCUAG